GUCGGGUUUUGGGCCACGGCAACCUAAAAAAAUUCCAAGCCCCUGACCCUCUUCCCGCGUCCCCCUAACGUAAACACUAAACCAACUGAAGCAAGCUCGUGAUAACCAGCGGGGCCCAGGGAUUCUACACUACGUCUAGUGUAGUGUCAGAGGUGCAUCUUGCUCCGAUUAUCGCUCUCCAACCCUGACACAACACGACCUCUAGCCUGAUAAUCUUGCGACAACCCGACUCCAAGUUCCUUUUCCCUCUCUUCACCAAAAUUACUCUGUUUCGCAUGGCACCGACGGUAUGCCGUGCUUCUUGCUGCAAAAUGCGAAAGCGCCCGUCCGGCUGAUGUGCACGGCGGGAGACCUGGGCAUGGUGGCGCGAAGAGGAACAAGCCGAGGACAGCUCCUCCUCAAGUGGGCGAUGACUCGGAGCUGCACGAGCUCUACUUCAGUUGCAACUCCAAGACUAUCAGCAACACCAAGGGCACGAACGAUAUCUCUAACCCCUCAGACUCGAUGUACACAUAGCCAGCACAGUCCGAAAUGGCGCCCGGUGUCUGUUCUAGACGAAUGGGUCGCAAAGGAAGCUCGACCGAUCAGUUUGCGCCAAUUGAUGGUCUUUGGCCGUUCCCUGACCGAGUCGAGGUUGAUUAGCUCUGCCAAUUAUGUGCGAACAGAGCUUCCGACGAGAAUUGCCCACCGCAUCCGCGACAUGCAACGGCUCCCCUACGUAGUAGUAACCAACCCACACAUGAACGAAGUCUACGACCUCUACUACUCGGCUUUCGACACCUUCCGCAAGGUCCCCGAAAUCAAAACGCUCGAAGACAACGACGCCCUAUGCGCCACCAUCCGCUCCAACCUCAAAGCGCACCUGACCGUGAUCCCCAAGCUAGCCAUGGGCAUACUGGAGUCAGCCGGACUCAUGGACGCCAAAGAGCUAGACAAGUUCAUGAACACAAUUCUCCGUUCUCGCAUCUCGCGCCGCGUCAUCGCCGAGCAGCACUUGGCUCUAACCGACACCUUCCACGCGCCUUGGUUCUCCCCCGGCGCCAAGCUUUCGGAAUCCGAGUUCAUCGGCGAAGUCUUUUUGAAGUGCGUCGCCAAGGAUGUCGUCGAAAGAUGCGGCCAAGCCAUCCGCGACAUUGCGCAGCACGCAUACGGGCCCGACGUGGCGAUCCCCGAGAUCAAAAUCGACGGACACCUGGAGGCCAAUUUCCCUUAUAUCCUCAGCCAUCUCGAGUACAUCAUCGGCGAGCUACUCCGUAACUCGGUGCAGGCCGUAGUGGAGAAACACCAGCGUUAUAAGGAGAAGGUAGCGGCAGCGGGAGGGAAGACCGACGAGAUUGGCCCGCCGCCUGCGAUCGAGGUGACAAUCUGCGAAAGCCAGCAACACGUCAUCAUUCGCAUCUCGGACCAAGGUGGCGGCAUCCAGCAGGACGUCCUGCCGUACUUGUGGUCCUUUAGCAAAGGGCCUGCGAGUCAGCAGCUGCUGACGAAUCUGGAACAGGUGCCCAAGAUGGCCGCGACGAUGCAGGAGCUCAAGGUCGAGGGAAGUACCUCUAGCGAAGCUGGGACAACGGUGGGCAAAUUGCAACAACAGCGGCAGGAACAGCAACAGCAACAGCAACAGCAACAAAAACAACAGAUCAAAGGCAUUCACAACGGGAACAACUUCCCCGGCGACCCGGGUUACUGCAAUUCGUUGGCGACGCUGACAAGCCGCCCGCCGAACCUACGCCUGGGCAUGGGGUUGCCUUUGAGCAGGGUGUACGCCGAGUACUGGGCUGGUAGCCUGGCGCUGCACAGUCUGGAAGGGUAUGGGGUGGAUGCGUUCUUGCAGAUCUCGAAGCUGGGGAACAAGAAUGAGCAGCUGACGACGCGGGCAACGAUGGAUGCCGUUUAGAGGAUAUCCAAUAAAGUGUAAGUGGGAUGGGUGGAAGGGGAGGAGAAAGGAAUUAUACCCAGUAAUGGUUCGGUUCAGAAGAGCAUAGGAAGGGCAUCACAGUGACCUGGUGUAACGGAUAGAUUAUUCACGCGUGUGCUAAGUCGGGCUUGGUGUACGGAGCAACCUCUUGUAUUUUCAACGCAAUAUUGUUAACUGGGCAUGAUAUGGAAAUAGCAACUCACUUUAGUAGCACAGGUUUGCGCUUAGCUUAGAGACCUUUGUCAACUCUCAAUUCGAAGCACUACAGUCAUUAAGUCAAA